CACUACGCUCAAUCUCAAUCUCAACAGUAACACAACACUCAGUCGCGUCCUAACCCUCGUUAAGUAAAGAUGUGAACCUGGAGCAGUGAACACACGAAUAAAACCAUGAAUCUGAUAGACUUUAAAGUGACCCUAAUAGGAGAUAAGGGAGUAGGGAAAACAUCUCUUAUAAAAAAAUUUCUUCAAGAUAGGAUAAUUCAGACUGGUCCAUUGGUUGGUAGUACCAGAGAGUUAAUCCUUGCCGAGAGUAGGGUUCGGUUCUCUAUUUCCGAGUGCAGCGAACCGUCGGAGCUGAGGUUGCUGGAGUACCCGGAUAUCUACCUCAUCUGCUUCGGAUUGAACGACCCUGCCACCCUCCUCAAUACUGUCGGAGAAUGGUAUCCGAGAGUACGAGGGACGGGUAUACCUCUGAUACUGGUCGGCUGUAAGUCUGAUAUCUCCGGGGUGCAGAGAGAACAGAUCCGAGCUGUAUCUAGUCAAGUUCAGGCCACGGAUUAUCUUGAAACCUCUUCCAAGUUCUCCGAUAGAUCUGUGUACACAAUGUUUGAAUCCGCGUAUUUUCUCUCCUCUCCUCAAUCCUCAAUAUCUCCGUCCUAUAAGAGACGAUCUAGAUCUGCUAUUAGAGACAACUCUUCCUCCAAGAUUGUUCCAUGUCUCAGGAACUCCCUGAGCAAGGACUCCCCACUCCCGAAGAGGGAUUCCUCCCUUUUCAGCUCCAGGUCUAAAACCGGUAGUCUCAGUUCAGUAAGUGUCAAGUCCAAAUCUAGUACUCUAUCCAGUACCCGGAGUGACUCCAGUAUGAUCUCAAUAUCAACCAAAACCCCGAGGAUAAGACGAAGAGGGGAGACGUGUCGGGACCCGGAGAAGGGGGAACGAAUGGUAACAAUCCGAUGUGAAAGACUGACCAGUGAACGUGAGUACGAGCAGGUUGAGAUUGAGAUCCCUCUCUCCGUGUACAACAAUAUGCAGGCGCAAUCCAACCCUCUCUCAAACCGGAACUCUGCCCAGAGGAUGAGUCUGGUCAAUCGACUGAGAAAUUUAUUUAUCUAAACCAAAGAUAGUUCUUCAUGACCUGUAUUUAAAGGGACUGUUGGCGUGACAGAUUCACAACGGUACCUUUUAAUUCGUUAUCUUAGCAACAGUGUGGAAGAUAUUGUCGGUUUUCUAUGUAGAAAAUUAAUUAAUUCUGACAAUUUUUAUUUUUUGCAUGCCUGUUGCAUAAAUCUGCUAUAGUCACUUUUAUAGAGAAACCAGUGAUUAGUAAUUUUCAGAUGUAAAAACAAGGAUAUAAUCAUCAUUUUUACUGUGAAGUAGGUUAAUGGUACCGUUGUGAAUUGGGGUUGCCUCUCUUUACCUGGAGAUGUGCUCGGAAUUACGUUGUCAAUCCCUUUAAUCUGUGAAAAUCAAGUUUAAAGAACAUUAUCUUUGAUAUUUUUUUAUAUUUGAUAAAGAAACAU